ACACUUCAGAGAGUACUAUUUGCUUGAAUUAAAUAUGGAAAAUUCAGGAGGAAAGAAGGUUUUGCUGACCUCCAAUGGGGACCUAAUUUCUAUCAACAUCGCCCGCCACUUAGCUCAGCGUGGCUGCCGUUUGGUUCUGAUGGGGAAUGAGGGGCAAUUGAUGAUUGCGGCUGAGAGGAUCAAGGGCUCCUUAGACGGCGCCGUUUCAAUUGAUGUGGUCCCCCUUGAUAUGGAACAAGACAGUGAAGGGGUUUUUCACGAUGCGGUGGACAAGGCCAGGAUGCUCCUCGGCAGAUUGGAUGCUUUCGUCAGCUGUUACUCCUAUGAGGGAAAGAUGCAAGAUCCUCUGUGUCUGGGUGAAGAUGAAUUCAAAAAGAUUGUGAAAAUAAAUUUGAUGGCAACAUGGUAUAUUGUAAAAUCUGUGGGUAAAGCAAUGAGAGAUCAAAAAUCUGGUGGGUCCAUCAUCCUCUUGACCUCAAUAAUCGGAGCUGAAAGAGGCCUAUAUCCAGGAUCUGCAGUAUAUGGUUCAUGUUUGGCCGCAGUGCAUCAGCUAGCAAGGACAACGGCAAUGGAGAUAGGCAAGUAUCAAAUAAGGGUGAAUGCAAUAGCUCGAGGGUUGCAUAUUGAGGAUGAGUUCCCCGUUUGGGUUGGUAAAGAUAGGGCAGAGAAGUUGGUGAGUGAAGCAAAUCCAUUACAACGAUGGCUGGAUGUUGACAAGGAUUUGGCUUCGACUGUUAUUUACCUGAUUAGUGACGGGUCAAGGUACAUGACUGGUACAACUAUAUUUGUCGAUGGUGCCCAAUCUUUGGUCAGGCCCCGUAUGCGAUCCUAUAUGUGAUUCAUCGUGCCAACUAUAUAAUACCAAUAUUUAUUUAUUUAUUAUACACAUCUGCAGUUGGAUAUGAUUUUUAGACUCGUUGGUGGCGAAAUAAACAAUGUGUGUAUGAACACGUAUUUCUCGAUCAACGUUGGUUUUUAUUUUGAGUCUUGCACUAAUCGCAUAACUAUACCGUUUGUGGUCUCGAUGUCCUUAUAUAUGUUACUGUUUGUAUUGUAACCCUGCUUGAUCAACAAUCAAAAGUGUGAUUUAUCUGUG